AGAGCUAAAUUAACAUUCGAUAAUGCACGAAACUGAGAACCUUGGAAAAAACAAAAAUCAGAACGGAAGUCGAAACCUCUGAAACAAAAUUUGUUUCGUUUACUCUUCUGCCAAUUUCUCAUUAUGUUCGACUUAUGCUCCAAUUUUCAUUUUCGCCAGAGAAGUUGUCAGUCCCGCCAAAAUCACACAUGAAUUAUAAUCUAUAAAAUAUUAUACAUAUAUAUACAUAAUUAUAAUAUUUGCGUUCCCUUGUAACGCAAAUAUUGCAUUCCAUCAGGUUGCCUCUUUUCUCUCUUUUUCUCCUAUCGUUCCCUCCAAGAAUCUCAAGAAGGGCAGCCAUUAUGCAAACAGCAACAAGUCGUGCGAAAUAACGACUCACCGAGCGGUCGUCACGUAGUCGACCGUUGUCUUAGGUCCGCGCCUUCCAGGGUCGCGUCCUUUUGCGCUCGCGAAACCACAUACUUGAUCUCCGGAAAAGGUUAAUCCGCGCUCACGACUCGCGAAAAGGACGAUCCGAGCCGCCGGCCGCCACACUCGUUCUCGUGUCCGAUGAGAAAGAAACCGUUGGGUGCUUGGUUCAAACGGCGCGGCGUACGGCGUGAAAUUCGCAGCAUCACGUGACUGCAGAGUUGCGCAAUGCAUCGCUCAUUACGUCAUGCUCCGAAAUCAAACAAGUUCACGCCGUACAUGUAUGUACGCACGCACGGCGCGAGCUAACCUAUCCCUCGUGCCUGUCGAUUUAAAGGAGGGAUCAGUCCCCAGCUGCAAACGCGACAUGUCAGCACGCGAGUCUAUCUCUCCGAUUAAUAGACGUUGACCCGCGAAAUUGCGAGAAUGUUCGUCAACCCGCUGUCGCGUCUCGCAACACGAACUUGAUAUCUAUUUCGAGUCGUACGCAAUGCGUUAAUCGUUUAUUUAUAAACGUCGCUGUACCGCUUCUCCAGCCGACGUUUACCGAGGCCUUUCCGCACUCUCGUAUUAUUGUAAAAUGUAUUAAACUUUGUAGUCUUCCUUUUCUUUCGUUUUUGUCGCGCACGAAUUAUGGACGAGGUUUGGUUUCACCUGUCGAAUCAGCUCGAAACGUUGCAGGUUCAAGCAUCAGUGGCAGUACAACAGGGACAGCAAUGGUGUAUAGCAUGGCUGGCCCAACUGCGUCAGCUCAUCCUGCAACUCUGCAACGAACAACACGUUCAACAUGCCAAAGACAUUGUGCUGGGUAUGGCCACUACUGUACAACGAGGGUGGCAAGAAGUUCAAUUUCAAUAUUACAAUACCCAAUGGAGUACAGUAGAUUUUUAUCGCCAAUUAGGGACCUUGUACUCUAACAAAGUGUCAAGGAGAGAAACGAUGUUUUGCUUGACGGGCCUAGUGAUUGGAACUAUAACAGGUUAUUAUGUCGGCAUACAUUGGAAACCUACCUCACAACAUGUACGCCAUAUAAAAACUAUUGCCUGCUAUCAUUAUUAUGGUAUCGAGGGUGUGUUAAUGAUAGAAGAUUUCGAAAUGCCAACUGUUAAAAAAUCGAACGAAUUACUUAUACAAGUUAAAGCUGCUUCUCUUAAUGUUAUCGACACGAAAAUAUGCUUCGGUUACUCUAGGAUUUAUAGAAGAUUACUUAACUCAGGAAAACAGAAAGAACUACCUGUAACUUUAGGGAGGGAUUGCGCAGGAGUGAUAAUUGACAUUGGACAUGGCGUUAUGAACUUUGACAUUGGAGACGAGGUAUUCUUAGCCGUUCCAUCGUGGGCUCCUGGCACAAUGGCGGAAUAUAUAAUUGUUCCAGAAACUCAAGUAGCAAGACGGCCUAAAUCGUGUAACUUUGAAGCCUCCGCCAGUCUACCAUACAAUGGUUGCCUGGCGUGGGAUGCUUUAGUUAAUAGAUCAGUCAUCAAGGAAGGCAAUGCCAAAGGAAAACGAGUUCUUAUUUUCGGUGGAAGUACUCCGAUCGGUUGUAUUUUGACGCAAUUAAUCAAGUUAUGGGGCGGAUAUGUAGUAACCGCCUGCCGAAUGAAUGCCGUGCCUGUAAUGAAGGCACUGGGUGCCGACGAAAUUAUAGUAAUGAACGAAAUCGAUGUGGAGAAGGAAUUAGAAUUGCACGAUAAGUACGAUGCAAUUUUUUAUACUGAUAAUCAACCCUUUCAAGAACAUAUUUUAAAAAGAUACUUAUUACCUCAUGGCUCCUACGUAUCAACUGUUCCUGAACAAUUGACGUCAGACUCACUGGGAUUUAUCUGUGGAAGUAUAUUUGCUGGAUGCGUUAGAAUCAAGUUAUUAGUUCAGUAUAUGUUUGGAUUUAACAUGAACCAAUGGAACGAAGGGAAAAAAUUGAACGUUGGGUAUUUGCGAGCAUUAUGUGAACUGACCGAUGCAAAUCAAUUGCAAACAGUUGUUGACAGGGUGUACGCGCCGUACAAUAUCGAGCGAGCGUUACACCAUGUCCUAGAUCCGAAUUCUAUUGGUAGUACGAUUAUAACAUUUCAGUGACGUAUCAUUGGAAAAUUGGAAUUAUUGGAAUCAUUGAAAAGUUUAUAUCGCGACUAUAUAUCUUGUACAUAACAGUGUAUAAUUUCGGUAGAUAAUCACUGCCGUAUAAUGUUAAUAAAUAUUUACAUCAUUGCAAACCAAGAAAUGAUAGUUAAGACUACUUGGUGCGAAAAUAAAGACUGAAACAAUAA